ACCUCGACGUCAGUCCCGCCAGCCCCGCAAUCCUCGGCAUUACCCCCAUCCACCGAACACAAUACCAACAACUCCCAAACAACACAGACCGCUUCCGACACAACAACAUCGAAAGUCAAGCCACAGCGCAAGCCCCUCCUCCGUCUCGAACUCCGUGACCUCUCCUCAGAUGGCGCGCACGCAUUCCUCCGGCUCCUCCACGCCUCCGCGGCUCUCGAACACGCCGUUAACAGCGUCCUCACACAUCUAUACACCUCUCUCGACCCCUCAUGCAUACCCCCCACCCGCUCCAUCACACUCGUCCUCCGCGCCAUGGACGGCGUAGCCUACACAACAGGUCUCGACCUCGACUCGGACCACAAGGAAAUCCACCUCAACACAUCGUACAUAUCCUCCGUGCCUGCCUCGCGGCAGAAAGAAGAGAUCACAGGCGUGCUUGUGCACGAGAUGGUGCACUGCUGGCAGCACAACGGGCAGGGCGAUGCGCCUGGGGGGCUCAUAGAGGGUAUAGCAGAUUGGGUGCGACUGAAAGCCGGGUAUGCACCGCCGCAUUGGAAAAGACACGGUGAUUGUGAGUGGGAUGCUGGGUAUGAGCGGACGGGGUUUUUCUUGGAGUGGUUGGAGAAGGAACAUGGUGGGGAUGUGGUGAGGCGGAUCAAUCAGGCUUUGAAGGGGUGUAAAUAUGAUGCUGAUAAGGUAUGGAAGGGAUGUUGUGGGAAGGGGGUUGGGGAGCUUUGGGGAGAAUAUAAGGCGAGUUUGGAG